AUGCGCAUUGCAGUCGUCCAGUUCGACCCCAAGAUCGGCGAGGUCGAGGCCAACCUCACAAAGGCCAACAAGCUCUGCGAGACCCUGCAGCCCGACUCGGUCGACCUCGUGUGUCUCCCUGAGAUGAUCUUCUCCGGUUACGUCUUCCCGGACUCCCAGUCCAUCACUCCCUUCCUCGAGGAGCCGCACACGGGCCCGACCUCGCGCUUCUGCUCCGACCUCGCCCGGCGCCUGCGCUGCUACGUCGUCGCGGGCUACCCCGAGCGCCUCCCUGCGGCGGACGUGCACACCACCACAGUCACAGUUGGCGACGCUGCGCCCAAGGAAGUCACGAUCGUCGGCGCGAACGCCGCGGCGCUAUACGGGCCCGCCGGAGAGCCCGUCGGGAUCUAUCACAAGUCAAACCUGUACGACACGGACAUGACGUGGGCGCGGGGCGGCAAGGGCCAAGGCUCCCCUGCGACGGGCGAGACGGUGGAAGGACACGGGGAGACGCCCGGCUUCGCGACGUUCCGCCUCCCGCCACCACUGGGGGCGCUGUCGCUCGCGAUCUGCAUGGACCUCAACGUGCGGCCGCCGGCGGUGUGGACCUCGCUCGAGAGCGGGCCGUUCGAGGUCGCGGAGUACUGCGUGCGGGAGCGCACGAAGGUGCUCGUGCUCCUGAACGCGUGGCUGGACUCGAAGAACCGCCUCGAGGACGACGACACGGACUGGCAGACGGUCAACUAUUGGGCGAUGCGGCUACGACCGCUGUGGGCGAAGGUCCAAGAAGAAGCUAGUUUAGAAGAGGACGACGACGCGUUCGAAGACGAAGACAACAUUGUGGACGGAACGGGCGGGCAGGGGGCGCGUAAAGUUGGCGACGAAGUGAUCGCAGUCGUCUGUAAUCGCUGUGGAGAAGAGAAUAAUGUCCUGUUUGCUGGAUCGUCAACGAUGUUCAACCUCGCGCCAGGCGUCGGACGUCCGAAGGUGCUUCACCAUAUGACACGACGCCAAGAGGGCGUGGAGAUUUGGACGGUUCCCAAUUCGGAAGUGUAG